AAGAUGGCUGACGAACAAAAGAAGAGACGUACCUUCCGUAAGUACUCCUACAGAGGUGUUGAACUCUCCCGCCUUCUCGACUUAAACACUGAAGAAUUCAUUGAACUUGUUGACGCUCGUAAGCGCAGAAAGUUCCAACGUGGUCUUAAGAGAAAGCCAAUGGGUCUUAUUAAGAAGUUAAGAAAGGCCAAGCAAGCUGUUACCGAAGAAGGUGAAAAGCCAGAAUGUGUUAAGACCCACCUUCGUAACAUGGUUAUCGUUCCAGAAAUGAUCGGUUCCAUUGUCGGUAUCUACAACGGUAAGACUUUUAAUCAAGUUGAAAUUAAGCCAGAUAUGAUUGGUCACUACUUAGGUGAAUUCUCUAUCACUUACAAGCCAGUUAAGCACGGUCGUCCAGGUAUUGGUGCUACCCACUCAUCUCGUUUC